AACUGAAUGUCUGGAUAUUGUGCAGAAAUAAAAGAACAAAGGGCAUGGAGGAGGAAAAAAAAAACUAGAAAAACGAUGGACGAGGCCAAUCAAGUCCAAGAAGCAGCGGCAGCUCUCAUUGCAAUGCAAGCAGGAGGGGCACCUGUAGGCAAUACCCAACCAGUUGCAGCCCACGCCCCUCAAAGAGCUCCCGAUAACAUGGCUCCUGUUCGAAGGUCGCCAAGACUUGCUGCAAUGCAAGCAGCUGCAACGCUCCUUGCAAUGCAUGCAGGAGGGGCACCUGUAGGCAAUACCCAACCAGUUGCAGCCCACGCCCCUCAAAGAGCUCCCGAUAACAUGGCUCAUGUUCGAAGGUCGCCAAGACUUACUGCAAGGGCUGAUAACUUGCCCUCUACUCGAAGGUCGGCAAGACUUGCUGCAAGGGCUGCGAAUCAUAACUCGAAUUCUCAAUCAUAACUCAAAUUUUGAGAAUUCUUAGAUUUCUUCGAGGUUGAAGAAGCUGCCGGAGUGGAAGUAUGUCUUUAGCAUGUCUUGCCGUUUUUACUCAUUUCUUUGUUGUACUUUUAGUGUAGGUAGAGACUGUGUGCUGUUCCUUUGAGAGUUGUUCUUUGAUCAUCUAUCAUCCUCUGUAAUCUUCUAUUUGUGAAAAUACCUGUAAUCCUUGGACUUCAGAGUAAUAUAUCAAGGAAUAUAUU